UGCCGCGUCAGCUCAGCUGCCCAGCCUCCGACGCCACGCCGACAGAUGUGCAAGAUGUCCCAGCGCUCAACUUUUUACGUUUGUUUAAUUUUGUGUUUGCAAACACUGAGUACCUUCAUUUGGGUUGUUCGUGCAAACGAAUCAAAUGACGAAAUUAAAAUCGAGGUCACGUUUGUACCUGAAAACUGCACGCAGAAAGCCAAAAGAGGGGACAUGUUGAACGCGCAUUAUGAUGGAUAUCUUGCCAAGGAUGGAUCGAAGUUCUACUGCAGUCGUUCCACAAAAACUGGCCACCCACAUUGGUUUGUGUUGGGCGUUGGAGCGGUUAUUAAAGGUCUCGAUUUAGGAUUGAAGGAAAUGUGUCCUGGUGAAAAGCGAAAAAUUACGAUUCCCCCUUCUCUGGCGUACGGCGCACAAGGCAAAGCUCCUGUACCACCCAAUGCAACAGUGAUCUUUGAGGUGGAGCUUUUGUACAUAACCAGAGGACCACGCAGCAUAGAAGCCUUCAAAGAAAUUGACGUUGACAAUGACAAGUUUCUCACGAAAGAGGAGAUUAAAACCUACUUGAAAUUGGAAGCAAAGAAGUUGAACACACAGAAAGAUGAAUCCUAUUUUGAUGACGUUGUAGCAGAUGUGUUCUAUAAGAAUGAUCACGAUGCGGACGGGACCUUAUCCAUAAACGAGUACAACGUUUAUGAGCAUGAUGAACUAUAAAAUCUUAUAAUUGACACAUUUUUAUGCAGCUGGUGCACUGAACGUUCUGAGCAAUGUCUUAUGGGUGAGGUUAAGGAUUCCACUGUAAAGAACACCACUAAAUAAACUCUUAAUAAAAUUGU